AUGCUCUCCCAUUCCUCCGCAUUUCGCAUUCCGCCGGAAUUCGCCCUGCAAGCUGCACUUGCUGAGUGUAUCACAGUGCAUGCGCCAUCAUGCGCCAAAGCGCUUGUUGGGGAGAAGCUCGAGCUCCUCGCACAAGGAGAAGGAGAGGGAUCCGCGCCGUCCAACUCCAUUUGGGGAGACAGGGCGAAGAAGUCCAAGAGGAGAAAGAGCAGCUCUGAGUCUUCCCGGGGCAAGAAGAAGGACAAGGAGAGCUUGCGCUGUCUGGGAGGCGCAGCUCGUCCUGAAGGCGCGUGGUGUUGGAGCGCGCGCUUCCGCGCGGACCUGGAGCCGUUGGGCGUUGGGGACCCUGGUGCCCAUUUAGAAGGGCAUGCGCAUCGACACUUCUCGCCGCCCGGAAGCGCCAGGGUGCUGAGAGGCUUGCAAGGUGUUCUCUGCUUUUCUGCCCUGGCGGCCUGGCUGGCAGAUUCGAGCGCGCGAGCAGAGCUGUGCUCGCUUGCAUUGAGCUCAGCGGUGUUUCAAAGCGCAUUCAACGACCUGUGGGCGGUGCGCGAGGUUCGGAUGCCAAGGAAGCUUCCGAUUCUUAAGGACCCCGGCAGCGGGCUGAACAGCGGCGUCGGCCUCUUUUCAGGAGGGAAUUCACGGCCGGACGCCGAGCAUCGCCCGCAUGGAAGCAGCAUGUUCCGACGCCGGCAGGAGGAGCCGAUGAUGCGCACGUUGCGGGGGCCGCCCGGCGAGGGUGAAGAGACCGAGUCGCUGCUGGCCAAGGAGCCAUCCGAGGAUAGGAGCUACUCCUCCAAGGCCAAGACUCCCAGCAAAGUCUGGCCGAGUGCGCGGAGUCCUUUGGCACUGGCCAUGGUGUUGGCAACCUUGAGCUUCGUGGUCUGGACACUGCCGGCACCCACACUGAUGGGGAAGCUGGACUUGCUGCGGCAAAGCUGGCGCUUGAACAAGGUGCUGGACGAAGCCGCCGAGCUGAGGUCCAAGCUCAAGGCGGCUGAGCUCGAGAAGGCGAAUCUGGAGCAGGCUCUGGUCUCCGAGCGCGCGCGCAGCGACUCGCUGCACGAGAGGCUCAGCGCCUCGGACGGCACAGCACAGUCCUCCAAGACGGAGCUGUCCAACCAGCAGGACAUGGCCGGCGGCCUGCGCUCGUCGAACCAGAAGCUACAGGUGGACCUGGAAAAGGAGCGGUCCGCCCGCGUCCAGUUGCUCCAUGAGCUGCAGCAGCUGAAGAAGGCGGAGCUGGCGGAGCUGAAAGAUCCCAGGUUGGACAGCGCGUCGAUUUUACCAGUGACUGCUCCGUCACCGUGACAGCGAGGUGCCUGAGCGAGCCAGCGGCGUGCCG